AUGAACAAUGUUUCCACCCCGACCACGCCGGCGGACCCUCAUCGUAUAUCCCACGGUCUUCAAGAGGACGACGCCGACGGCCCAGCACACUCCGCCGUGUCCGAGCAAAAUCAUGAUGGCAGUGCCACCACGCAAAACCCAUCGCUCUCCCAGGCGGCGAAGGAAGGCCUCACAAAGAAGUUGCAGUUCAUGAUACAUCUUAGUGUUAGCUUGGAUACUCUGGUGUAUGCUGAGCUAUGUGCGCUGUACUAUAUGGACUGUUCAUUUUUCCGAUUGAUGAUACGCUGGGUGCCCCAAGCCCUAUUUAUUAGUCCUAAGGCCGAGGACACUAUUCUCAUUAUACCCAACUACCACGUUUCUGCGAUCAUCGGCCCGAAUUUCCUUUGCACGCUGAUGCAUCUUAUCGCCUCUCUACCUCAAGCAGGCGAAGCAUCGCGAGGCUAUCUCCAUGGUGGCAUACUAUUCGAUUUCAUCGGCCAGAAAGCGCCAUCCUCCAAGUUCUCGCUCCUACUACUGGAUAUUCUGAUAUUUGCGCUGCAGUGCAUCAUGCUGACCGUGAAUAUGGAGAAGGAGAGAGUACGCAAAGUGGUGAAGCCGACGACUUUACUCGAUAAUUCCGAAAUUUCCACAAUCUCAGAGAGCAGUACAGGCCAGGACUACGACGCAGAAGAGCGGGGGGUUCUUAGAGAUGCGCCCAUCGUGGAUGAGACCCAUGACAUCGAAAUGCAAUCAUUAGGACACGAAAGUGGUGGCCAACAGCGCGAUGUAGAAGAGAGAACUGGGUUACUUAGGCGAACGACUACCCCUACGGAUAACCUCGAAAGUCUAGCCGACACGUUGAGAUCCGGGAAUGCUGUUCUGGCUAACUUUAACGUUCGGCGGUCACUUCAGACUGCUUGGCAUAAUCGGGCAAAUUCGCCUGAAAGCGCGGCCGCUUAUGCUAUACAGAAUGUCGGAUAUAAUGCGACGCUCGCGGCUUUGGCAGCGCAGAGGAGGGCGAGGCUGGCUGCGGCACAGCCGAGGCAGCCAUAA